AUGACGAUCACCUUACAAGAUGUGGCAGGCAUCUUGGGCUUGCCGACCGACGGUACUGUCGUCAUCGGAUCGACCUCUGAGGAUUGGCACGCUGCUUGUGCUGCUGUUUUUGGACAUGUUCCAGAGGCCGGUGAGUUCCAUCAUUCUGGCGACCUCCGCAUCUCAUUCUUGGAUCGACAUUAUACCCGGUGGACUGAUCAUGAAGGGAAUCAUGUUGCCGAGAUCUACUUCACAAAAGCCCACAUUGCCCGAAUGUUAGGGACUUGGUUGCUGGCGGACAAGUCUGGAGGUAGCAAUUUUGGUUGCCGGCUUGUCCCGUUGCUAGGUGGAGGAUUUGAGGACAUUGGCCGACUCAGCUGGGGAUCUGCAGUUUUGACACACUUGUUCAGGAAUUUGUGUGAAGUGACAGAUGCUCGUCGAAGCGACAUGGGUGGUUGCCAUAUUCUCCUUCAAAUUUGGGCAUGGAUACGAUUCCCACCCAUUGCUCCACCCCUUCCUCCACACUCUGCCUAA